UCAUUAUUGCGCUGUCAGUGCCUGACAAACAGACUGUCAUGCGUGAGAUUUUAGCACUAUUUCUCUCAUAAAGUAAGCACAAAAGACCACUUAGCCGCCGUGUAUCAUUAAAGGGAAGUGUUCUCUUACUCAGACCUCUUAAACGACAAAGCAUAUUUCUUAAAAUACGCAAUUACAGCUGUUGUUCAAAACUGCUAGCCCAUUACACAAUAUUUAAUAUGUUUAGACUUCUUCUUUAGUCUUUGGAGGUCUCACCGCCGUUACCUAGCAACCAGACUCCUGUACCUGUACAGCUGCCAGUCCGGCUCCAGACGCUCAGCGCUGCCGUGUAGGCUACAUUAUUAAUGAUGCCACCGAAACUAAACCUGUCCGAGGAACCAUAUGUCAAGAAAGAAAGAGACAGAAAUGCCGUAGCUGGUUACAAGAUGAUGUCAGGAGCAAGAGCAUGGCUGUGGAUCGGAUCAACUUAAAACUGAUGUCGCGCUGCUGCUGAAGGACAGAAAAAAUAAUCAUAGUGUCCAUGGAGGGAGAACCAGGGGAGUCGGAUGAGGAUGUUCAGGGAGAGGAAAGGUCCACCGUGCUCUGGGAGAAGUGCUUUCAGCAGAGCAUCUUUGUUGACCUAAGUGAGGAUGAAAGUCUCCACUUGAGUGACUUGGAGAAUUCUUUAGCUUUACAUCUAUCCCAGGCAGAGUCUGCUGCCUCUGAGGCCAGCAUCCAUCUCAGUGCAGGGAGCGCAGAGCUGUCAGGCUUGGAUGUCACCUCCUCAGAGUCCAGCAGUGUCAGCAGUCAGAGUGAGCGGGUGGUACAGAGCAAGAGCAGCAUAUUACAUGUGUCUGCCCAAAGACCAAACACCAUGCAAGAUGAGCCGCCUUUAAACCAGGCGUAUGAGGACCCGGGUCAGAACACUAGUGACGAGGAUCAUGAUGAACUACCUUAUGAUGGUGACCUUGCAAGCCCCUACUUCAACCAGACAGCUAACACUGAAAGCUCUGAUGGAAGAGAAACUGUUCAUGCAAGUCCUGAUGUUCCUGAUUUGCCUCAGUGUAAUAUAAAAGAAAGAGACGAUAUUGUUGAACACUUAGUUUCUGUUGAGUGUAAUGCAGCUAAGAAGGCAGCAGCUUUGUCGCAAGAGGAUACCAACACUAAACAUGACAACUUUUUUGAUGCUCCCAAGCCAAGUGAUUUUGCCCCAUCAUGCCCCUGUCCUGCAGACAUUAACCAGUUGUUGGUGCGACACUUCUCCCAGGAGGAGUUGCAGCGGUCAGGUAGGCUGAUUGAGGCAGAGACCCUGCCGGAGGUGUCCCUGCUGGAGAGCAUGGAUGACACUGUUAUAAGCUGGGCUCCCACACUUAACCGCACCACACUUAAAAGCAACCACUCAGAGAGAUCUGCAUGUAAUUCAGAGAUUAACCAGAGUCUCUGCUCUAAUAAAAAGAGUAAUACUGCAUCCAAAAAUUCAACUUUAGAGGAAGAAGCAGAAAGGAAAAUUGAUCAUGUCACCUCUGUUGCUACUGAAAGCAUCACAUCCAGCUCUGCAAGUACAGACUCUAAACAAAGCAGUGGGGAUAUCAGUGCCGUGGAUGUGGUGAAGCAGGAGAAGGCCGAAGAGGAUGAUCAGGUUCAGAGAGUCCCACUUGUGCGCACAAGGUCCUUCAGCGAGAUGAAGUAUGGCCAAGGCCAAGUCCAUUACCCACUUCCUGAUUUUUCCAAGGUUGCUCCCAAGGUAAAAAUCCCCAAAGCUCCAAGUGGACAAGGCAGACCUGUUCCACAGAACCCCAGCACCAUGCACAGAGCUCAGUCCUCACCAGGGAUGCUAGAGGUGAUCAGCAGAGUCUUAGAGGAUUCAGUCCAGCCCUCAGAGAAGCCCUAUGUCUUCAAAGAUGAGGAGAAGACUCCUCCAGCACUGGUGCAUCACCUGCAGGCUGAAUAUGAUAAAUUACUAACCAAAUAUGCUGAGGCAGAGAAUCUCAUAGAUCAAAUGAGACUGGGAACCAACACUCAGCCCUCCUCAGAUCUGAUGUUAUAUUUAGAGUGUGAUGAUAAUCAUCAUCCUCAGGGAAACUUACCUGUCAUUGAGGGAAGCCAUCUUGGAUCCUUGACUCCUCACCUUCCCUCAUCAGAAAACUUUGGUGACAAAGAAGAAACAACCCCCCAGAGCAACAUUAAAGAGGUGCACACAGCUUCCUCUGGCCAGGCUGAAGAAGGUCCCAGUGAUGGAGAAAGAAUGACUGCUGAGCUGAGAGACAUCAUCAGCCAGUUCAUGCAGAAGGUGGAAGACUUUAAAUUGAGUGUAAGCAUCAUGUCAGUGAGCACAGCAGAACAGCAAAUAAUGCUGAGGAGCAUUAUGGAGGCUCAGGACCAGCUGGAAAGAAAAUACAUCAGUAAGAAGGAAGAGCACAGAGCUCUGGAGAUGCAAAAAUACAUAGGCCUGUCCAGGAACACUGGCACCUUUGACCCAAACAGGCUGGUGGAGGGAGACAUAUUCAGGAUAGGGAUGCAUCUUGAGGACAUAAAGGAGAUGAUAGACAAAAAUGUGUGUGAGCAGAUUUCUCCACCUCACUCAUCCUCUACUCCCACAUCCAUGAAAGAGAUGCUGCAUGCGAAGCCCAGUCCUCUCUGCAUGCACACACCCUCACCUCCACCAUCCCUGCAUGAGGGACUAAGUGCAGGUUUUUCCAUUGUGGGUUAUAAAAAUGAAAUAUGGAGAGAAGAAGAAAAAGAAGAGGAAGAGGUGGAGGCCAGUGAGGUCCAUGGAGACGAUGGAUUACAGCAUUCAAGCAGAUCACAGGAUGUCCCUUCCAUCCAGAGAGCUGAGGCUGAAGAGGAGAGGAGCUCUGUCUUGUCAGAGGUGAUAGAUCACAGUAACAUCUUAGCGUACUUGAGUGGAGCCAGCUCAUCUUCAAGACAGAGGCAGCAGACACCCGACAGCAGUUGUAGCACCCCGGAUAGUGUCCUGAACCCAGUGGCUGAAUGUGAUCUGGGUGAUUGUGUGAGUCUGGCUGUGGAGGUCUCCUCUUCGUCUGAUGCACCCAGAGACUCAGACACCCACAGCCUCUCAGAGCCUCCUCUCAACACCUCUUCUGUAUCACAGAGGAUUGUGAGCCCAGAGACAGACAGUGGAUUUGGGAGCUCUUACUUGAAUCAAUCAUCUUCUGGAUCAUUCCAACCAAAUCUUACAGAAAGUUUGCAGUCACAGAAUGAUGCUUUAAGUAGCUCAGACAGUGAGGGCUCCUGCUCCAACCUACAGACAGCUAUACAUCCAGCUAACCCCACCAGCCAGCGUUGGUCCAGUUCCCACCCAUCUGUCCAAAUACAGUCCAGUGGUGCAGCAGCGGCAGUGGAGCGGUGGGUGGAGAGCACCACUAAAGAGCCUUCAGUCAAACUGCAGGGAUCUGAACACAGCCCACCUCCCCGGCUCCAUAUGUCUGAACCCUUGCUCAGCACCACCAUGGAUACAGACGAGAGAGGCAGCCCAUACUCAUGCUCUUGUAAUAGUGAGGCUAUCCUUGUGCUGCAGUCAGAGGUCUCCAGGCUGAAAAAGGACCUGGAGGAAGGCUUGGUUCAGCUGCCUCACCUUGCACAAAAGAUGGACUAUCUCACCUCCAAAUACAGACAGGAUCGUCAGGAGCGCAGAUCUAAAACUAGACCACGAAGCUACCACAGGCCAGCCUGUAACAGUGUGUUGAAGCCAUCAAAUAGCAGACAGAGUGUGAGCAAUCUCAACUCCAGUCAGGUGAGGGUAGAGGAUUGGAUCUCUUCAGAUAUGGACCCCAGCAAGAGCAAAGGUACAGACAGUGGUGACACAGCUGGCUCUGACAUCAUGUUGCAGUUCCAUAAUUCACCUGUAGGGAGCAGGAAAGCACCCGAGUUUCAGCACAAACUUCACGGGGCACAGCAAUCCAGCAGAGGGUCAGAGGGAGACGUCUCAGGGAAAACCACUGGUCUGCCCAGCUCUGUUUUGAAUAGAGCGAAAGAGGAGGCUUCUGACAGCCGUGACAAGCAGAGAUCACAAAAAGCCAUCGUGGAGAGUUUUUACUCCAAGGAGAGAUGGUCUCUUUUUUCCUCUCCAUCUCUUCAGAAGCCCCUCCUUCAGGUCAGCUAUGCCUCCUCCAGCAGCCUGCCUGCAAGCUAUAAAGUGAGGGAGCCGCCGCUGCAGUACCAUCACAGAAAGCGAUCCACCCAGUCAGAUACAGCACUCCUGCCCAGCAAUGUAUACUUUCAGGGGACACUGUCCCCAAUAUCAGUGCCCUCAAAGACUGGCAGAAAGACAGGCAGACACAAGGGCAGCAAGGAGGAAGAAAUGAACAGGACUCUAGACCAGGCUAUUGAGGUGGCCCGCAGCAUGAAGAGGACCACAGACCGGAUGGCCAAAAGACUGUCAGAUGACCUGGCAAAGGCUCAGCUCCCUAGGAAACUGCACAGCAUGCAGCCACUAGGAGGCAGGAAACACCAUCCAUUAUAACGAACAGGGUAUACAGAUCAGUUUACCAUAGACAUCAAUCAACUAGCCACUAUGAUACCUGAUGCUGAUGAAGGACAUAUCUUUGUUGGACAGUCAGGGAGUUAUGUAAGGACUUGUUUGUGUUAAGUUUUGUAAAUGAGAUUCAUAAUCCAGAGAAAAGUCUGAAAUCACACUGUGGAAAUAAAAAAAGGAUUUUAUAA